GAAACAGAGCCUAAAAACGUAAAAUCAUUACCGGUACUUUACAAUUAGGAGAAAUGUUAGCUUAAAAUAGCACAGGAUUAGUUUAAAGAAGCCAAAGACUUGAUAAAAACAGAAUCAGCUAAUGUAGCAAAUGGCUAAGUUAAAGCUAAAAGUAGCCAAAGACAACAUCAAACUAGAGAAAAUUUGCUAAAAGUAGCAAAAGACUAAUUAAAUCAGCUAAAUGGCAGCUAAUAGCGGUCAAUGAUUAAAAGCAGCAGUAGGUUAGCCAAGUGUUGCAGCAGACUAGCUUAAAGUAGUUAAAUGGUAGCUAAAACCAGUAAAUGAUUAGCUAAAAGCUGCAGUAAACUAGCUAAAAUAACCAAAUAAAAGGUAAAAGUUGUAGUAGACUAACUACAAUUAGCAAAAUACCAGCUAAAAAAAUUACAGUAUUUUAGCUAUAAACAAAAAGUAGCUUAAAAAACCCAGCCAGUUUCCUGAAGCAGAUUUCAAAAUUUAUUUUGAGGGCAUGGAAGACAUCUAAUGUGCUUCUAUGCGAUAAAAUGUAAAUGAAGUUGAAAAGUUCGAAAGAUUAAAAAUAAAAGUCAUAGCACUCAUUUCCUGAAAGCGCUAAACAUUUACGUGGACGACUGAAAUAAUUCAAAAUGUGCAUAAGUGUUGGAUCACGAAGAAAACAUCUGUAAAAAAACAAACAAACAGGAGAACUUAGAAUGCUGACUCAGCAGAGUCAUAUCUGAUUAAUGGUUAACAUUAUCGGAUCAGAACCAGAGGUGAACAACAACAAGGUGUUAUUGUAACCCAAGAGGUCAAAGUUCAAACCCUGAAAAUCAAUUUUAAGUUAAAAAAAAAAAGGUAUUCCACUGAAGCACAGUACAGAGGUUUUAUUCUGCUGCUCCAAGUUUAAUUCAACUGUAGCGACCACUGUGAGGUCGUUGCCUCAACAAAAAGACACCUCGGUAACCAUUUAAGCUGAUUUUAUCGAUUCAAAAAAACUGAGCUGAGCUUUUAUUUAAUAAUUCGUUGAAAGGGAUCACCUGAAACAGAAAAGAAUGAUGUAAAACAAGACUCGGUAGUCGCGGUGCAGUUACAGUGUUCAGACAGCAGGGGGCGCAGCUCCCCCGCUUAACGGAACCGACUCGUGUCGUUUCUGACUUUUCCCCUGGAAUGUAAAGUUUUUGUCAGAACUUCCGGUGGUUAUUUUUUUUUAAUUAUUCUUCAGGAAGAGGAAAGUUAACGCCUCUCUUGCUCGUCUGAGAGUCGCAGCCUCGCCUUUGCUACAGCUUUAUUUUUAUUUUUUGCGCAUUUAUUUCUUUAAACUUGAUUUACAUAUAAACGAAGAAUAAGAAGAUGGCUGUAGAACUGUAUCUGGACCUGUACUCGCAGCCCUGCCGCUCCGUUUACAUUUUCGCCAAGAAAAACAACAUUCCCUUCGAGUUUAAGCAACUCUCCCUGAUGAACGGAGAACAAUUCGGCGAGGAGUUCGGGAAGAUCAGCGUGAUCAGAAAACUUCCCGCUCUGCGAGAUGGAGACUUCUGCCUGGCUGAGAGCGUCGCCAUCAUGCUCUACCUCGCCGACAAGUUCAAGACUCCAGACUCGUGGUACCCGGCCGACAUCCGGCAGCGCGCUCGGGUCAACGAGUACCUGUCGUGGCAGCACACGGCCAUCCGUCUGCAUGCGGCCAAGAUGUUCUGGCUCCGGCUCAUGAUUCCUAAAGUGAUGGGCGUGGACGUCCCCAAGGACAAGAUGGACGCCGCUCUGGAGGACCUGAACGCCUCCCUGAACCUCAUCGAGAACAAGUUCCUCCAGGACCGGCCCUUCAUCGUCGGAGACCAGAUGUCGCUCGCUGACCUGGUCGCCAUCGUGGAGAUCAUGCAGCCCGUGGGUUCAGGUCUGGACGUUUUCGAGGGGAGGCCCAAGCUGAGUGCGUGGCGGGACCGGGUCCGGGCCGCCAUCGGGAAGGAGCUCUUUGACGAGGCCCACCAGACCAUCAUGGAGUCCCAGGAGAGGGUGAAGACCAUGGACGGCAGCACGCUUCAGGCGUUUAAACCCAAGAUCCUCCGGUUGUUCAUGUGAGCAGAAGCUCCUGUAACCAGCAGAACCUUCUGUAACCAGCAGAAGCUCCUGUAACCAGCAGAACCUUCUGUAACCAACAGAACCUUCUG